AUGAGCAGCGAGCCAUUCUAUCUGAGAUAUUACUCAGGUCACCAAGGCCGAUUUGGACACGAGUUUCUGGAAUUCGACUUCCGGGUGCUGGGAGAUGGUCGCAGUGCAUCUGCACGAUACGCCAACAACUCCAACUAUCGCAAUGACUCCCUUAUUCGAAAAGAGAUGUGCGUUAGCGAUGCACUGGUCGCUGAGAUCAAGCGCAUUGUCAAGGAAAGUGAGAUCUUGAAGGAAGACGACACGAAGUGGCCACAGAAGAACAAGGAUGGUCGUCAAGAGCUCGAGAUCAGGUUGGGUAGCGAGCACAUCUCGUUCGAGACUGCCAAGAUCGGAUCUCUGCAAGAUGUACAAGACUCAUCAGACCCGGAAGGACUCCGUGUGUUCUACUACCUAGUUCAGGAUUUGAAGGCCCUGGUCUUCUCGUUAAUCUCUCUGCAUUUCAAGAUCAAGCCUAUCUAG